AUGCCAGCGUGGACACCUUGGUGCACCUCAGACGGAACACGGAGCUCAUCAUGGACAGUGUCAUACUGAAUCUGGAUGCGCUGAACAGAGCGCUGGACCGUCUGGAGGAGCGCACAGAUCGCGUUCUUGCCCAGCUGCGGCAGUUCAUGCAGUCCAUUGAGGAUCUGGAUGAGUCGAAUGCGGCACGCUGGCAUGGCGGCUACGGCGAUCCAGAUGCCGCAAUUUAGGCAGCCUACCAGCUCGACUGCAAAUUGAACUGUUAUU